GUAUCGUAGCCAGGAGAAGGGGCCGCCGAGGAUCCGUGUCUGCAGAGACGACUUUCAGUUCUCCAGUGUGCAGACCGACACCGGUAUAGCGGCAAGUGCAUAGUCGAUUUCACUACUCUACUAUAAUAGUACUCUAGUACUCAGUGUUGUGGCUCAAGGCAUGCUAUCAGCUGUCCUAGUCUAUUCAACGUGAAAGUUGCGCGCCGAAACUGAUCUCGGCAAACUUUGGUUUCUCUUGUGCUAGUGUUGUGAACGUGUGUGGGUGUGUGAGUUCACCAGAAAAUUUGAAAUCCUCGACAUGUGUGUGACAUGACCAAUAUGUAAUGUUUAUACAAGUGAAUGACGCUUUAAAAUAUCUUAUACAAGAGUAAAUAACACGUGUUUUCUCGAUAAUUUUGAAGAUUGAUAACUCUUUGAUAAUUCCUUGAUAUUAAGUGGAUAUGUUUCUCCAGAUCUACAGCUUCAAAAGUGGAUUUCUUCUUUGAGAAAAAUCUGUACUAGAAUUGUGUCAAAAAUACUGAGUAAGUUGCAAUAACAGUGAAGCUCCUAAAUUGGUGAUUUGAGAGAAGUUUCUGAAUGACGCUUUAAAAUAUCUUAUACUAGUGAAUAACACAUGUUUCCUUGAUAAUUUUAAAGAUUGAUUGAUAACUCUUUGAUAAUUCCUUGAUAUUAAGUGGAUAUGUUUCUCCAGAUCUACAGCUUGAAAAGUGAACUUCCUCUUGGAGAAAAAUCUCUACUAGAAUAGUGUCAAAAAUACUGAAUAAGUUGCAAUAACAGUGAAGCCCCUAAAUUGUUGAUUUGAGAGAAGUUUCUGCAUUUAAUAUCAAAAACCAGUCUAAGGAUUUCACAAAGUGGGAAACUAAAAUUAUUAUAAGUGUGUUUUAUGGAAACGUAGCCUAUAAUUAUUCCCUUUGUAUAAUUUAGUAUCAAAUACCAAUUAAAGGACUCCACAAAGUGGGAAACUAAUGUAAUUUAUGUGAGCGUAACCUAUAAUUCCCCUUUGUAUCAUGAGGGACAUUUAUGAGUAUAAUAUUGCUGAUAAAUUGACUGCAAAAUGUCCUGGUAUUACAACCUGGGUGAUCACAAGUAUAGAAAUAUAGUUAUCAACAGAGUUCAGGAUUUCAUGGACACUUGAUCGAUUUUCAUUUCCAAUUGAGGAAAAUUCUGAUUCAAUUUACUUUAGAAUUAAUUCGUUCUUUAAUCACAAGUGAGGGUAGAUUUUGAAUUACUCAUAGAUAGGAUAGAUUGUGUUCAAGAUAAUAAAAUUUGUAAGGAUCAAAUACAAAUAGUGUAAUAAACCCAAGAAUAGAAGUACUACUUAAGUGUACAUUUUGUCUCAAGUGGUCAGGUGAUAUAUAUGUAACAGAAGUGCUACUCAAGUGAAGUAUAUUAUUGGUCAGGUGAUAUAUAUGUAGCAGAAGUGCUUGCUACUCAAGUGGAGUAUAAUUUUGUGUGAAGUAUUUUGUCGGAGAAUCAAUCGAUAUUAUAGUGUGAAGAUUUGUACAUUUGAAGGUCAGGUCUAUUUUUGUUAUCAACUUUUAUUUUACCUUGAAAUAAACCAUAAAAAUGGAAUCAAAAAAGCAAGAAAUGGUAGCCAAAUCCCCACCAAGUGAAGAAAAAUGCUCAGCAACCCAGGUAUCCAAUACCUCCGCAGACGACACAAUGACCUUGGCCCUGACAGGUCUGGGAACUCUCCAGUGUAUCUGCGGACUCCUCAUGGGAGUCUUCGGGAUCCUGGCCAUAAUCCAUGGAUCCGCCAUGGCUGGGGUUGGAGCCGGAUUAUGGGCGGGUGCAGCGGCCCUGGCGUGUGGUUGUGUCGCACUGACGGCCGGAUUGAAGAGGUUCUGCUACCAGGAUGACAGAACUACCCUGGCGUUGACCAUCUAUCUGGCUCUAUGUCUUGUAUGUCUUGCGGUGGACACGCUGGCUCUACUGCUCACUUCCACCGGACUACUGAGGGAUUCUCAUCGGCCGUCUAUCACUUAUCUACAGUUGGACGAGACAGGCACAAGCCAAGUGGAACUGGAAGACACCAACUGGAUCCCCGUGCUAGCCAACGUGGGCCUCCUGCUAUCAACCAGUCUCCACACACUUGCGACCAUAGUGGCCGUCUAUAGGGUGUACAAGCUGGUGUGUCCCUGCACACGGCCCCGGGGCGGCACUUCCAAAAGCGCACUACUUUUCGCGCAGGAAUCACCUACCGCUUCCUAUUGCAGUUCCAGCGGUUCUAAACACAAGCUGGUGCGUCAUUGGCUCGGUCAGCAGUCGCCAUCUUUGACUCCGCAUCCGCCAAAUAUACUCAUCUACCCUCCGCAUCUGAUCAUGGAAGGAGGAAGUCCAGUUUAUGGAGUGAUACCACCUCCAACGCUGUAUGCGCCUUAUAUGCACCCUAUGCGUCCACCCAGUUCAUCUCAUUAUCACAGAAGAGCUUCACCAAAUUAUCGAGGCGAGGAAGAGAGACGGAGAAGGAAAAAUUACGAGAACAACAAAAUUAAAGAAAAAACAAAGCCGAAAGAGAAAGAACGCGAAAUAACCGAGGAGGAAUUAGAAAGGACAUAUACGGGACUGGAUAGAGAAAUAGCGGAGGAGUUCAUCUCAAUAGCAAUGCAACCCAGAGAUAGUCCAAUAGAACUCAAUAGAUCUUCACUCUCUAAAGAGAUAUAGAUUGCUUUCAACCUAGUCUAAUUUCUAAUUGCUUUGGUCAUAAACUAGUAUAAGAUAUUUUUUAGAAUAUAUAAUUAUCUAGCUUCUACAAGUUAAUAUGACUUGUACAAGUGAGCUUUGUCUUUAGAGGAAAAUAUAAUGAUCGUCCUUACUGAUGUAAACAAAAAUUACAUUGUUGGCUCAGAUUUAAUUUCUUUGGAAGGAUAUCAUAAUACUUCCUCAUCGAUGUAAGAGGAAUAAUAAUGUUUAAUCGGCUCAAUUAUAGAGAAACGAUGGAUUACUCUAAUCUUAUUCCUUAGUUUAAUGUUGUAGUUUUAAUUUCUCUUUCUAAUUGUGAAUAAUAUUGUGAUUGCUCAAAACAUUUAUGAAUAUUUGAAUGAUUGUUCUUUCCAAAAGAAAAUAUAAUUGCAUUUACAGUUACAAAGAAUUUUACCUUAUAAUAAUUAUAUGCACGUGGUGUUUUUAUCGGUGAUCAGACUAAUAGAUGUUCAAGCUACAUAGCUUUAAAACCUUAUACGUACAAACAGUAAUAAUAAUUAUUUUCAACUGGAUUGAUACUGCUUUCUUAGGAAUAACAUUUUUUGGGUGAUGAUAUAAUAUUAUUCUAGAAGUAGGUACGGUAUUAUAAUUUGGAGCAAGCAUAAUAAUUUGUAUUUUCCAUUAUGAAACAGAAAACCCAUUCGAUUAUACCAGGACCUCCUAUAAGCCUAUGUCUAUAGGAGGUCCUGAAUAUACCAUAUUCUAUUCAGGUUCACGCAAUAAUACCUGAAGAACUAGAAUAAAUUAAUAAAGCCUGUACUAAAUUUGUUGAAAGGAAACAUAUUAAUUAUUAUCGUAGUAUUUUAUCGUUCAUCAGACUGAUAGAUGUUCAAGAUAUAGCUUUAAAACCUUAACUUUAGCCUUUAAAAAGCCUUUAGUAAAUAAAGUAUUUUGCUAAAAGUAAUUUGUUAGUGUUGAGCCUUUAAAACCUUUAAUAGGCCUACAACUAUUAAUAUUGUAUAGUCAUGUACUAAAUUUGGUGAGAAAUUGGAAAACUAUCAAACAUUAAACAACAAAUUGUGCAUAGUCAUGACAACAUUCCAACGAUUUACUGUACGUCCUCAAAAUAAAUAUUAUUUGGGGGGACAUUAUACUUAUGAUAUAGUAUUAGCACGAAUAGGCUAUACUACUUUUUGAUUUGUUACCAUGUAGUGUUAGAUGUAAGAUAUUUUAGGAUAACAGAUCUAUAUAACUGUCUGAUUCAAAUAGGAUUAAAGUUUUGAAUUGUAAAUAAUUUUCUCAUGACAGACUGAGUUUCAAGUUGCAGUUCAAUAUUGAUCAAUCAAUAUUAUUGUGUCAUCUGAAUGAUUGAUUGAAGUGUGAAUAGUCUUUAGUGGACGACAUUGUUGAAUUAUCUAAUUGCCAUGUUCUUGUUAAUAAAACGCAGAAAGGUUUUGUUAAAUAGGCUGAUAAAUUCAAACAAAAUUAAUAUUGAUCAGAAACUAUUCAGUUUCACUCUUAUUAUUUGGGGAUUGUGAGGUAGCCUACCCAAUAACAUUUAGAAUUGUUGUUCGAAUUAAAAAUUGAGGAUAUUGUUUCUAAAAGUAUUUUACUGUUUCCUGAUAUUUCUGGACCAGGAAUAUUACAUCUAAAAAUUAUUUCUGACAAUUUGUAGCUCUUUAUAAAUGAAACUACAUGAAUUUGUGCCAGCACAGAUGAAAUUAUUUCAAGUUCAACUAUUUCAAUCCAACUUACAGCUAGCUAGUUGCUUCAAGAAUGGCCUUUUUUCAUAGAUUUUCCUAAAUUUCUAGUGGAAUCAACCAAGGAAAGUAUAGAAAAGAAUGUAAUCUACCUACAUUGGAAUCAAUUACGGGUUUAGCAAGAAUAGCAGAAAUGAUUUAUUCUGGUUAUGAUUGUUGUUGAACUACAUACAAGCAUAGAGAAACGAUAGCAUAAGUAGAUAUCCCAUGGUAUAGGGCGUUUAUGUCGCAACUUUUACUGUUAUCUCAAGCCGAUAGUUCACGUAGUUCUUUCCUAUGCAGCUGUGUGACAAUGGUAGUCUCUCAAAUUGUGCCGUUCAUACACUAUCACCCCAACAAAACAGUAAAAAUUGACAAUAAUCGACAGUAAUCGGCUUGAGAUAACAGUAGAAGCUGCGACAUAAAUUCCCUAUACCAUGGGAUAUCUACUUACGCUAUUGUUUCUCUAUGAUACAAGUCAUAAGUUAGACCUACACGUAAUUCAAUUUUCAAUUUCAAUUUAUUUUCACACACACAUACAAGUUUGAUUGAAUAUAAAGAAAAAUAAAAAUCUCAGUACCCUUUUUGAAAUAUUUUAAAAAAGGGUACUGAGAUUUUUAUUUUUCUUUAUAUUUAUACUACAAGUAGCCCUAUACAGAAAAGAGAUAAAUAAGUUUGAUUAAGGCUUUAAUUAUACGUGAUGUAAACUUACAGCUAUAGAAAUUCGAAAUUUGCUGUUUGGACAUUUAAAACUGACAAUCUGGAAUGCUCUAGAAUUGUUAUGAGAAUAAACUGUAUCAUACAUUGUAAUAUUAUAGCAUUAAUGAAAGAUUUUUGUAAUUUUUUUGUAAAUAAAAGUUUUUUCAUUAA